GCCGGGGCCGCCAUGGGGUCGCAGAUCAGCACGUUGGGUCGGAUUGUGACAUACCCAGUAUGGCUAAUCUACAACACCAUUGUGAGUUUCUUCUGGGGCUCACGUCCUGCGAUUACUCUGAAGGAUCCUGAAGUCAAGUAUGCACUGAGGCUGAUUGAUAAGGAGGAGGUUAGUCAUGACACAAGAAAAUUCCGAUUUGCUCUCCCUUCCACAGAGCACAUUCUGGGUCUCCCUGUAGGACAGCAUAUCUACCUGUCCACACGGAUUGAUGGAAAUCUGGUUAUUCGACCUUACACUCCAGUUUCCAGUGACAGCGACAAGGGCUUUGUGGAUCUCGUUGUCAAGAUCUAUUUUAGAGGUGUCCAUCCAAAGUUUCCUGAUGGAGGGAAGAUGUCUCAGUACUUAGACAGCCUGAAAAUAGGGGAUACCAUUGACUUCAGAGGACCAAGUGGCCUACUUGUCUACAAUGGAAAAGGCAAGUUUGCUAUUAGGCCUGAAAAGAAAGCUGAACCGGUUAUUAAGAAAGCAAAAUAUGUGGGGAUGAUUGCAGGUGGGACAGGGAUAACACCUAUGCUGCAGAUCAUCCGAGCAAUCAUGAAAGACAAAGAUGAUCCUACCAUUUGUCAGCUUCUGUUUGCCAAUCAGACUGAGAAGGACAUCUUGCUACGUUCUGAGCUAGAUGAGAUCCAGGUUCAGCAUUCUGGUCGCUUUAAGUGCUGGUACACACUGGACAGAGCACCUGAAAAUUGGGAUUACAGCCAAGGAUUUGUGAACCAGGAGAUGAUAAGAGAUCACCUGCCUCCACCUCAAGAUGAUGUUCUGAUCCUCAUGUGUGGGCCUCCUCCAAUGAUCCAGUAUGCUUGCAUUCCCAACCUGGACAAGCUGGGCUAUGCCAAGGAGAUGAGGUUCUCCUUCUAAAGACUACAGAUAAUUCAGUGAUCUUGUGUAUAAGGGAAGCAAAGAACCAAAACAUAUAACGUGGAACAGUACAAAGCUGCAGAGCUGGCUGAUGCAAAGUGCAUUAAGAAAUGCUUCAUUUUUCUCUUAAUCUCUAGCAAGUAAAACACUUAAGCUGAACUGUACUGUACACUGCACAGGAACAACUGUGUUUUGGAAAGGUAGGGAUGCUUAGGGCAGUAACCACACAUUUAUACUUUUUCUUAGCACUGAUAAAUGGCGUUGCUAUCCUACUUCCUAACACUCUGCAUAGCCAGCAUUUGAUUUGGUAUGAGGUAUGAAAAUACAGACCAUGUGCUGGAUUAUUCACCUUACUUAUGCCAAACUUUAAUCCUCAUGGAACUUUUACAGGAAGAGGGCCCAGGAGGUUUUGGUUGUUUGCAUAAUCUUUGCAACAUCAGGAGCGUAGGGAUGCUUGUAGAGUUGAAGGAUGAUAAUUAACCAUUUAUGAUUGAAGUUGUUCAAGCUAAACAGACAGGUAGACAGAAACACAGGUUUGUUCCCUUUGUAUUUCAGAAUAGUGCAAAUAGUUUCCCAGCUGGUCCCAGUUCUCAUCCCUGAGCAAUGAAAGAAACUGCAGAAAGCCAGGAGCUUUGGGCAGUGUUCCACAAACAGCUGGUGGGUUUUGUAUGAACAUGCUUGGAGUACAGAAAAACAAUCCCAACUGUAGUCUUUAAAUAAGUGGGUGGUGCCAGAGGAGUACAAAAGCAGUUGUUACAUUUGUCCUGUGCAGUGUGGAAAAUCAGAAAAGCUGGGUGUAAACUGGAUCUAGUUUUGGUUUCUUGUUUCCUGGAGAUGGCUUUCUGGAACAAGAGGAGCUGAAGUUUCAGUGGUGGGGUAGUCCAGUCAGGGGGACGCAACUUGCAUGGCUUGAUCAGGCAAGGCUCUAAAGGGUUUUGCAUGCUCAGGACAUGUGGGAACAGCCUUAAGUCACCAAACUGACAACAAAUUGAAACGUGUUGCUGAAUCUAAAAAUGUGUCUUAGAUGCUCUUUAGUACAGCUCUGUUUAUUACUUUUUUAAAUACGCUUUUUUCCCACAGCAGCCUUUAAACUACCCUUUAGUAAACCUAAGGCAUUGUGUGUGCCAGAGAUGCUGCUGAGAUUAAAGCUGUCCUGUAAGUAAAUCUAAACUAAACCAAAAAAACCCUUGUUCUGGUGAUGACAUCAGAGUGACUGACAGGAUACAUAUCAAGUAAUGUGGAUGUUAGUUAGCUGCAAGUGCCAGUGUGUGAUACCAGUGUUUAACAGAUUGGGGCAGGGAUUUGAGGUUGUAGCUUCUUUCGUGCCUGUACAAACGAUGGGUACUGGGCACUUCAAAGGUUAAUUUUGAGCAUCAGUUAAAAGGAGACAAACGAUACUAGUUAAUUUAAUGAACCUCAGAUGGAUAAUACUGUUACUAAUUUUAUUAAUGAGACACCGCUGAAGCCUUGAAUUUCUGAUGUAUGCUUCUGAAGCUUGUUCAUUAAUCACAGAAUAGAGUGAUUGUCAUGGAAAAGACCUUAUUAAGACCAUCAAGUCCAACCCUUACCUAACUACCAAGUCCAGUGCUAAAUCAUGUCCCUUAUGCUACAAAGUUCAAAUAAUACUCAAGUUAAGUUUCAGUCCCUUUUUUAGGGGGCAAAGAACAGAAAUAUGAGAAAAAUUAUCUUGCUGCUGGUUUAUAUCAUUGUGGGAUAGACAUAGUUUUUUGGGUUUUUUUUUUUUAAUUGUUGUAUUUAAUGAAGUUUUAUUGUUAAAAAAACCCCAACACUCUAGCUGGUUGUGCAGUCACUAUUUUGUAUUAUUUACUCUGCUUGGACAGCUACUGUCUUUCUUUCACAUCAGCAAAAGAAACAGUGUCUUACAGGUGAGUCACUCCUGUCUUACUGAGUACAUCUGCUUCAACCUCCUUAAGAGACAAACUCCUUGUAGCAGAAAGCCUGGCAGAAAGGGGCCUGGGGGUUCUAAGCGACAAGUGGCUGAAUAUGAGCAAGAGUGGUCAGGCACUGGAACAUGCUGCCCAGGGAGGUGGUUGAGUCACCAACCCUGGAUGUGUUUAAAGGUGGUCUGGAUGUGGUGCUUGGGGUAUGGUUUAGGGGUGAACUUUGUAGAGGAGGGUUCAUGGUUGGACUUGAUGAACUCAGGGGCUUUUUCCAACCUGUAAAGCACUCCAUAAAAGCAAAAUCCUAAAAAAAAAAGAAAGAAAAGAAAAGAAAGCCUGCUGGAUUUGUUCUCUCGUUUGAUUUUGGUGAAGUGCUGUAUUUGGGUGCUGAGUGAAGUAGUAAAGUAUCUGUUUUUCUCCUUACCACUCCAGUCUCCUCUUUUUACCUUUGUUUCAUGCAUCUUCAUUGUGAUGAGACUCUCUUAAAUAAAAAGAGGGAUUUUUA